AUGUCUCCCUUUGAAAAUAAAGGACUGAUACUGGGCGUAAUGGCAGGGACUGCUGGACUAAGCCUGAUGCUGGUUUGGUACCAUAAGAUGCGAAAACCAGUUGUGCAUAUACCCGCAUUCCUAGGUGCAGGUAAUGGGCUUAACGCUGUGGGCUUGCAAAAUGAAGCUCCUAAUGAGCAAGAAGUAAUAAUGGUUUUACAUGGAAGGCAACUGCAGAUACUAGAAAAAUUGAAUGGCUUGCUAGUAAGCAUGGACGAACUGAAGAGAGAGGUGAAAUUUCUGAAAGAAGCUAUUCCAGAGCUUGAAGAGCUUGUUCGAAAUGAGCUUCAAGGGAAGGGAGGUGUUCAGAGAGUUAGCCCAUCACACAGAGCAACGAAGCGGAGAAAAGCUGAGACAACUUCUGGUGCAACAGAAACUACCAGCUCUGAGGAGGCCGAAAGUGAAGGAGGUUAUCUUACAGCUCAUACUGAUUCUGAAGGAGACUCCGAGGAAGAAAAGGAACGUACGAAAUCACCCAAUGCCAUUGUGAAAUCAGAAGAAGAAGAGUUAUUUAAUCUUUUACAGCAGGUGGACAAUUUGCACAAGGGUUCAGAGGAUGAUAAAAGGGAGGGCUUCAGACUGCUGCUUGAGAAAGAUGACAAGUAUGAAAACUCUGUGGACUUUCUUUGGAGACUCGCACGCGCUUAUGGAGAUCUGUUUGAGAUGACUACUGAUGCUGAGGAGAAGAGGAAGUAUGUUACUGAUGGAAAGAUGAAAGCUGAAAAGGCUGUUCAGCUGGAUUCCAGGAGUGCUGAGAGUCACCAGUGGUAA